GAAAGUUGUCGUACGAGCGCGCAGCAAAAGCUAUUCCGCAUAAACGCGUGCAGGGACGCCGUCGCCACGUAAAACUACGGUCCAUUUACGAAAAAAAGGUACGGUAGAAAGGAUCUUCGCACCUCGCCUUCGCACCUCAAAUCUGAUGUGCGAGAAUCGCCUCACACUUCGUGCGAAUGACCUCUCCGCCUACCCAGCGUCUCCAAGGAAUAGAGUGGGCGUUACUGCUAUCAUAUAUAAGGUAAUCGAGAAUGAACUCCCAACGUUCCAGACGAACCUACGACCGCAUCGGAGCCAGAAAUUAUGGAAUGAUUCUUGAAGAAAGGAUAAGAAGAAUGAGAGACAAUCAAGCAUUCCUACGACAACUGCAGGAAGAAAGAGGGGACCAGCAACAAGUGGAGGAGAUUGAAGAGGAAGGAGAUACCUUAAGUGAUCGUACCUUGUACUACUCCAUGUACGUACAACACUUCGGUAUUUCUUUGGUGCAAGUCAAACGAAUGGAGGCUCUAAUGGUUGUCAUAUACGGAUCAGCACCUCCUAUUACGUACGAACAAAAUGUAGCGUCUUUUAAUUCGGACGCUUUGACUGAGUACAAUAUCAAGCGCACCUACUACUGCAGUUCUUGUGAAGGACUGCUAAGCCAAUGGAGGGAUGUCUGUGACAACGAAGGCUGCGAACUACAUAGACUAGAAGCGGAACUCAGUGCCCUACGAAGCGAACCGAUAGAAAUUGAUGUAGACGGCUAUGGUUGGACCAUAGACGUCACUCUGAAUAAGGGUGUUGCAGAUCUGGCAGCUCAGCAGGGACUAUUCGGCGUUCCACGAUGGUCCUCUGAGCAAGGCUGCUCGAAAUGUUAUAUAACUGGGCAGCGUAUAGAAGGGCAGCGAGUGUGGAUUUCAGGCGAUAACGAAAACACUGAUCUUAGACCACCCGAAUCGUAUGUCGUCGAUGGACAUAGAGGCGCAAACGGAAUUCCAAAAGCAACACCAUUGAUGCGUAUCAUUGAGCCGUGCAGAUUUCCCGGCGAUGCUCUUCAUGUUUGCUCCGAGGGCAUAACAAAGAACAGGCUGCGAGAUCUAUUCAGUAGGCAAAGCAGAUUUCGUGAUUUGCUUGUGAACAGACAAGGUACUGAGAGUAUUAAGAAGUGCUUGAAAGAGAUGUCAUGCUAUACUUAUGCGAGCAGUUUAAUUCUGUCACUAGAUGAUUUGAGGACCUGCAAAGCCGCAGAAUUAGAUGAGAUAGCAUUCAUUGCUUUUCCUCUCUCUUCUGCUGCUGGACUGAUUCCCUCUCCAUUAGCAGCAGUUUCUCUCUUAGGAUACUGGCUAUGCCUAAGAAUCAUUGCCGAUUCGCGUAAUUUGACCACCGUAAGCAUAGAAAAAGCUCAGAAAUUGGCUAGCUUGACACAGCAGAUCUGGACAUCGAUGGCCCCGGAGAUAUUCACUAUGAAAUGUCACUGGUUUUUUGACCAUGGGAUGAAAGAAGAGAUCACUUCCUAUGGUUCAGCAUAUCAGUGGUCCUCUGCCCCCUUCGAAAGCCAUCAUCGUCGUUUGCAGAUCAAAGUGGACCAAUCUACCACUAAUAGCUCAGCAACGAUCAUAGAGAAAUACCUACUCUACAAGAAAAUGAGAAAUCUCUUCGAAAACAGGGCCGUGAAUUAUCCAGCAAUGACUUCUUUGCGAAAUAAAGUCGACAACAAACAUAGAACACGCUUCCCCGUUGGUAUAUCAUUGGAUGAUUCGAUGUACAUACCAAAAAACAGCCGGAUAGAACCACAUCAACUACAAGAAUUUACAAUGAGAACAAAUCAACAUACCCCUACAAGAGGACGUGCGCCAGCUAGAGCUCGCCUAACUUAUGCACCACCACGUGCUCAAUUAGUUAUAGCUUCUCCGCAAACAACAACACCGGCAAGUCAAGCAAGUCAAGACGUCUUUCAUGAUGAAAAUGUGCCAAUAGCAGUUGAACAGGUGGCUAGACCAGGAAACGUGAACAACAGGCCAGAGUUCAACUUUGAAGAAGCGCCACGUGAGACGAGAAGGGAACCAGCAUCGUUGUAUGAGUGCGUCUCGAAUGGGACCCUCGACAUGAACAAGGCAGCCCGGCUGAUACUGAAGCAGAAAAGAGACGGAUCAUUUAACCAAUCCGUAUAUGAUGAAUUCGUGCGUUCGGAGGUGGCCUCACGAGUACACUACUUCCGCAACAAUGGAAUAUUGGACAUCAGCGAUACUGUCCUGGAAAUGAGACUUACGGGCAUUAUGAACUACAUGAUGGCGGAUAUACAGUGUGCUAAAUUUGAUCGCUAUACUCGCGCAGUUGAGUUAUCAGAGAAAAAGGAUACAUCAGUAAGAGUCCCUGGAAGACCGGCGCUAAUACUGAAGAACUGCACACGGGCAUGGAAAAUAGAUGGACCGGCACCUUUUAUCACGGCUGAUUUGAAGCAAAUGAUAGUAAACUAUCACCCCAAAGAAAAGGAGACUCCAUUUCAGUUAUUUGCUGGCUUGUUCCGCUACAUCAUAAUGAGGGCCACAAACCCUCCCCAAAAGAUACAGGAAUAUUCACUACGUCUUAAUGGGAGAAAUGGGAGAGUGGACACUCUUUUGAAUCUGCCGGAGAGUAUUCAGAAUCUCCUCUUAGACUUCGCUGAGGACUUGAUAGGAUAUGGGCACAACGAACUCAGAGCACCGCAGGCAGAUAAAACUUCCAGUUUCUUCAUAAAGCUAGGCAGUACGGACGAAGAAAGGGAACAGGAGUUUGAUGUGCUUCAGCAAGAAAGGGUGUUGUUCAGAAAAGACAGUUUCAAAGGCCUACAGCUGGCACUAAGAGAUGUCAGAUCAUACAUUUACGACACGACGAAAGCGCAGUGGAUUCCCGGAGACAGGAAAGCCAAACGAACGAGGCUAGAGGUUCCCGAACUGGAAAACGCUGAACCAACACAAGAGUAACUCAACUGUAUAUAUUUAUUGCUAAGAUUGUAUAGAUAUUAUGUAAGAACUAAGUCAAUCAUAUUUACAAAAUCUCAAUUUUGAAAGAUCUAUCAUUAUUCUAGUCUAUAUUGGAACCAAGUUAUAUCCUAAGUCAUUACUUAUGUCACUACGGGUGUUUAGUGC